GACUGCUAAAGCACAGGCUCUCAUAUGUUGACCAAUCUCCUUAACAAGACGCAACCUGUACAUGCCCAAACGUAGUGGAAAAAGAGUCCAAAAGGGAUUUGUGAUAUUCCGGUGGGUCAAACUCCCACGGAUUCUCCCCCCUGUAUGUGCCAGUCCUCCUUGUGGAACUGCUCUGGACAGCGCUGCAGAUUAUUGUUCAUGAAGUCGUGGAGAUCUGCAUGCGUUCCUUGCUCCCAACCCUCCUGCACAGAGUUCAGUUUUUUACGACUUUUUGGGCAUUUCUUGCACAUCCCUGAGCUGCACGCAAAGGGUGGCUGAGAAGAAUUUGCCUGUGGGUGUUUCUGAGAGUUGUCCGUGAAUGGUUAGUUGAGGAGACUGUUGUGAGGUGGAGAACUUUCAUGCACUCAUGUGAGACGAGGGUCGUUGAAAUUGUGAAGAAGACGGAGUGAACCGACGAGAAUUUGUGCGGCUCUUUGGGGCGCAAGAUGGCAGCUGAGACAAUGGAUGCGCAGGUCGAGGAUAGGCUUGCGAAGAUGGGUGUGUUUGGGUUGAUGAAGGAAGCCACAAGGCUAAUUGUCCAGAACUUUUGGCUCUUCUUCAGCUUUGUGACCAGCUUUACAAUCCCUUGCGGCAUCUUCACCGUCUUCUUGCUGUCAGCCGUUGACAUUCGCCACCGCUACGGAAUGGAAGAAUUCAUUUCAAGGGGAGAGGUGGUAAUUUUGUGGUGGAAAUUUGAGACCCUGCUUUCGCCGCUAGCCCUCAACUUCAUUUUCAUAAUCCUCAACCUUCUACCUAUGGCUCUACUAAAUGCCGUUGUAUGUACCCGAGGUGUCGUGGAAUGUUACAAGGGUGACGAUUUGAAAACGGCGAUUAAGAACAGCUUCAUUGACCUGCAGUGGGGGGUGUUGAGAUUGAUUACCACUCAAUUUCUGUUCUGCGCAUACUUGUUUAUCGCCAUGUAUCUUUUCCUUUCUCAUGAGCAUGAUCCAACUCUGGCCAGAAUAAUCAGUAUCUCACGAUGGGCUGCUCUUGGUCUUUUUCUUGUAUUCCUCUACCCACUGCCUGCGUCACAAGUUGCCAUAUUGGAGCCCAAAAACUAUGGCCUACGAGGAAUUAUGCGAGCUGCACGGUUAGCAUUCACGAAGUUGUCCACUGCGUUGGGGCUAGCAUUCUUCUCUUUAUCAUACUUGGUCCUGCUCAAGGGUCUAGUGGAAAUCGUGCUCAGUGUCCCGCUCCCACCGAGAUUCAAAUUUCUAGUUUAUCCCCCGCUCGUGGUAUUUGUCGUUACCAUGACCAUCUUUUGGCAAGUUGUGUAUGCUUUGCUUUAUCUCUCUGCCAACGCACACCUUGAGUUGGAGAAGACUCUCAUCCGGCCGGCAAUGGUGGAAAAAAUACAAGCUUCCGACAUCGAUCAACCCCUUCUUACUAAUGAAGUUGGUAACAGUCAGGAAGAUUCGAGGAGCUGAGUAUAGAGACCGAUCUGGAAGGUUGGUAAGUAAUAUUUGCUCAAUCCAUGACUUCUUCCAACUCCCAGUCUACAAAACGGGUUGGUUACUGACAACAACGUGGUUCAGGAGGUAAAGUAAUUGGGUAAGACUGAAAGAGAAUAGUGAGAUCAACCGCUUGUUGGCAUCAGUAUCAUCGAAAAUAUCUCUGAACAGCCAUCAAGAAAAUAUUAUCGGAAUGAGCAAAAAUGAUGCAUUGCCUCAAGUGCGUCCAUCUGUGUAGCACCCAAUUUUUUUUGGGAAACUGACACCAUAGUUGAUUAUUCUCUGUGGACUAAUCAUUCACGGCCUCGUUACUUCCAUCGUUAUAUCAGCAAGGCGGUUGAAGCGUUAGAGGAAUGCUGAACGAGCGCAGGCAGCUGUUGACAUCGACACGAGAUUCCGGCAUAAGCAGCAUGUAUUUUAAAACAGCAUGUUUAGCUCCAUAAAACCCUUGAUCUAAGACUGAUGAGCUCAUGAUGAAUAGAAGGACUCCGUGAACCUUAGUAAAAAAGAAGAAAUAGACAAAAAACCUACAUGUCUUAUUCACUGCUUCAACACGCUUAAGUGCAAGUUCGUGGUUGA